AUGAGACUAAGACGAACGUCACCAAAGCUCUGUAAAGACUAAAAUGUGACGAAAAUUACAUUCAUUUUCGUCAGACGAGAACGAGACGAGACUUAAUUGUUAUUAGGUGGACGAACAAAGUUUCAAAACAUGCUUUUUUUUGUCCUAACAGUCACGCCCCCAUCACAAACGCACCAAAAGCCUCGCUCACGGACAGCUGCGCGCACACACUCAUACACAUACACAGAGCGGCAGGUGGACAAGGCGCGCACACACUCAUACACAUACACAGAGCGGCAGCGGCAGGUGGACGAGGCGCGCACACACACACACACCGUGGCGGCAGGCACAGCAGCGGUGCCCGGUGGCCGAAAAAAGAGGGAUGAUUUUUGGCCUUCUUCAGAUACAGUUCAAGUGACAAUAAAACACAAUGUCUUGUACGGGGACGGGGAGACAGGCGACAGUUGUGGAGCCACAGCUUCCUCAUGCUGCGGCUUCAAACUGUCGGGAAAGAACACCACGAACCUCAAAAGGCACCUUUUUGUUGACUAA